AUGGCUUCGUCUGCUCCAGAUUUGACUUUUCACUUUACCAAAGAGAGACCUGGAAAUCAAAUGUUCAGCGAUGUAAAAGCUUUGAAUAAGUUUAGUGAAGAUGGAUUUAAGAAGUUUGUAGAUCAAGUUCUUCAGUUCCUUAUAGGAUCCACAAAUGCCGAGCAAUUUCUGUCCGAUCUCGAGUCGUUUGCGCAGGAACUUGGAGCAAGUCUGAACCCGUUGAAAAAUAUCACCAGAACAUUAUUGACAUUCUUCAAAAGCGCUGCGAAACAAAACCUUUCGCCACAGUUUGUUCAAGAGGAUAUGGAAAACUUAGGUUUAUCAAAAGACAAAUCCCCUUAUCUUUUGGAAACAUGGAAAGCAAAUCUGAUUGGGUUAUCUCGCUCUGUCAUGGCACAAACAUUCAUGGUCAACCCAUUGGUAGAUAUGGAAUGGAAAUUUGGUGUAACAGCGGCUAGCAGCGACAUGAAAGUUGUCGGCAAUUCUUUCUUACAAUUGAAACUUGUUGUUGACAAAGGAGGAAAGAAAGAAGAUGUGUAUAUGGAACUAACUUUGCCUCAAUUUUAUUCAUUUUUGCAUGAGAUGGAAAAAGCACGGACUGCAUUGGAGUAUUUAAGUUAAAGUUAAAUUUUCAAAAAUAAU